GUUGAGGCCGGAGUUGCGAGCGCUCGCUUGUAAGGAUUAAGGGACUGUUGAUCUGGGCCGCCGUUCCUCGGUACUGGACUCCGGACCGAUCCCGACCGGACAGCACCGGGCUGGGAGCAGCCCCAGCUCGGCGGGGAACGGGGACUCGAGCUGGGCGCCACCGGUGGAGAGAAGGAGCGCGGAAGGGAAGAACGAAGAGGAGAGGAGAGGAGAGGAGAGGAGAGGGAAGGGGGCCUCGCGGACCCGCACUGUCCCCGCAUCAUGUCCCCGCAAUAGACUAGAGGAGUUGGUGGUGCGCGACUCGAACCUGCACAGAAGGAGUGUAGCUGAGAAGAGGAGAGAGGGACAGCAGCGUCGCCAUGGGCAACGCGCCCGCGGCCAGGAGAGGCAGCGACAUGGAGAGCGUGAAGGAGUUUCUCACAAGGGCCAAGGAGGACUUCCUCAGGAAAUGGGAGAACCCAGCACAGAACACGGCGGCGCUGGAGCACUUUGAGCGCAUAAAGACCUUGGGCACGGGCUCCUUUGGCCGUGUCAUGCUGGUGCGACACAGAGAGACGGGUCAGCACUACGCCAUGAAGAUCCUGGACAAGCAGAAGGUGGUGAAGCUGAAGCAGAUCGAACACACGCUGAACGAGAAGCGCAUCCUGCAAGCGGUCAGCUUCCCCUUCCUCGUUCGAGUGGAGUUCUCCUUCAAGGACAACACGAACCUGUACAUGGUGAUGGAGUACGUCCCGGGGGGCGAGAUGUUCUCUCACCUGCGCAGAAUCGGCCGCUUCAGCGAGCCGCAUGCCCGCUUCUACGCCGCCCAGAUAGUUCUCACCUUCGAGUACCUUCACUACCUGGACCUCAUCUACCGAGACCUGAAACCAGAGAACCUGCUCAUCGACCAGCAGGGCUACAUACAGGUGACGGAUUUUGGAUUCGCCAAGCGAGUCAAGGGCAGGACAUGGACCCUGUGCGGCACUCCGGAGUACCUGGCUCCUGAAAUCAUACUCAGCAAGGGGUACAACAAAGCGGUGGACUGGUGGGCUCUCGGGGUGCUCAUCUACGAGAUGGCGGCCGGUUACCCCCCGUUCUUCGCCGACCAGCCCAUCCAGAUCUACGAGAAGAUCGUUUCGGGGAAGGUGAGGUUCCCCUCCCACUUCAGCUCGGAUCUGAAAGACCUCUUGAGGAACCUGCUCCAGGUGGACCUGACCAAGCGCUUUGGGAACCUCAAGAACGGUGUUAACGACAUCAAGGGGCACAAGUGGUUUGCCACCACCGACUGGAUUGCCAUCUACCAGAGGAAGGUGGAAGCGCCCUUCAUCCCCAAGUGCAAAGGCCCCGGUGACACCAGCAACUUCGACGACUACGAGGAGGAGGAAAUCCGCAUCUCGUUCACCGAGAAGUGUGGAAAGGAGUUCGCCGAGUUCUAGACGCAUCCUGGAAGAGCAGGUGGAACGAGGGAGAGAGGACCAGGACCAGGACCAUGACCAUGACGAUGAUGAUGACCAUGAUGAUGAUGAUGAUGAGCGGGAGUUGUCUGCUAUACCAUAAGACCACCAGCAGCCAAAAAGUGAAACGGCACCUGAGCAGCUCUGCAGUGUUGCCUGUGGGUUUCUUACUCCUUUUUAUUUAGUCUUGUUCAGCUGACACCCUCCUGUAGUCAUGGGUCUGUAGCG